UAAAAUUUAUUGACCGGUUGUUUCGUAAAGUGGUAAACAAACAAUUUAAAAAUUGAGAAAAUGUCGAAAAUGACUAAUGUUAACUCUAGCUUGGCUUACGAAAUACUACUUUAUUUAAAUUCUUUUUAUUUAGGAAUGUUCUUCGUGUGUGAAGUAGCCAUGGGCAUACUGAAAGCUAUUAAUGUUUCGUAUCCAGAGAACGCUCUUUUUACCGAAGCCGGAAUAUUUUGUGCCCUUUGUUUGGUCGAAGUUAUUCGUAUAUUUUUGGGAAGGAGAGGAAAUUUGGCUAGUAAAAAAGUGCCAGUAUUCUUCUCAGUGGUGCUUACAAUACCAUCUGCGGUUGGUGUUUGUUAUUUCCUUAUAUACCAGACUUAUAUACUCCGUCUAGAGUACAUAUGGUGUGCUGUGAUGCUCAUGUUCCAUGCAUUGGAACUUGUGUUUGCCAUUCUCUUUGUUCUGACUGUGUGUAAAAGUCAUCAAUAUGAAUAGAAAAAGUUUAAACCGACUGUUUUGCCAAAGAGAUAUUAAAUGCCAAAGAUAUGGACUGAUCUGCACAUUUUAUUAUAUACUCUAUUACAUACAUUCCUCUUAUAUACUUAAUGUAAGCAGUAUUCAAUAUUAUAUUGUACUUUUUAAGAAUAAUGUAAUGAUAUAAAUUUGUGGCUCUAACUAUGGUUAAUAAUGAUUGUUUAUAUAGCUAUCAGUUUUUUAAAUCUCAAGAUAUUACUGUAAUCCAAAAUGCCUACUUGCUUAUUGAUAAUUAUAUUAAAAAUAUAUUUGUUGUAACAUUACGCCUAAAUCGCAAUGAUUAAUGUAUU